CAAAAGGAUCCCAUCGUCCUGGCGGAAGCGGCAGAUUCGGGCUCGCGACUCGUUUGUUUUCGUCGCCGUCUUCUCCUCCACUUCUUUCUUUCAUCCUGCAGAUGGCACCGAAGCCCGUCACGAGCCCCAUCCCCAUGCAUUUAUACCCAGCGGUCUCUGCUCUUUUGCUCGUUGUUGGUCUCCUCGUCUCUGCGUUCUUCUUCAUUUACGAAGCUACUACAUCCACUAGGAACCGCAGACUAGCUAAGGAGCUCGUGACUGCUACCAUUGCAUCUGGUUUCCUGGGCUUUGGGUCUCUAUUUUUGCUCCUUGCCACUGGCGUGUACGUUUGAUAUUGUCGACCAAUGAAUCUUCGAAUCAGUCAAGCACUUUCUGAAUAUGAUAAUCGACUUUAGUAAAAAAAAAAGAUUUUUGUAGUUAGGUAAUAUAGCGAGCCAAUAAAGAUUGUUCCAUGAUUUUGGCCUAGCACCGACUGAUACCUAGCUGCAAACACAGGUUUUACGUUUCAAUUUCUGUUCAAAUUAAUGGUGUUGCUCAAUGAGCAGGUACUUGGUGGAUCACAAAACAUUAUAUGGUUUUUGUUUCUAGAUAGUUGAUAGCGGUGGCCGUUUUAUCAAUAAAUCUGAAAUUGAUCAAAUUUGUCUAAACUGAUUUUAAUUGAAAAUUUUAUAUGCUGAUUUUAAUUAAAUUUGUCUACAGUUUAAAAUGAAGUGGAUUUGUAUGCAAACAGAAUUCUUUGUUGGUGUUGUUAGAAUACGCUGGGAAGAACUGGGUUGAGGGCUUAGUGCCAGCAUCUUAUAGACAGGGCAAACUAUGCUAAAUGCUAUCGAGGCACACAGGAGAUGAGGAUGGACACAGGAAACAUCAAGCAAGAAAAGAGGGUCAUGAUCAGGCACUUCUUGUUCGAAUAAGGGUGGCAAAGCAAGGGGCGAAACAACAGGAGAAGCUUCUGCAAGAGACAAUCACAUCACGAGAGACUACAGGAAAAAGAUUGCAAGGCAUGCAAUGGGGUUUACUUGUAUAUAUAUAGGCCGAACUGGUUUUAUCUAGAAUGUAGGAAUAAAAUUAGACCAAUUCCUACUUAA